CUUCCUCCUCUGACGAUGUUCGUCACUUCCGGAAAGAGUGCACCUCCCCAAUCAGAACUGAGGAGGGUGUGGCUUGUGCUGACAUUCGGCUGUGAUUGACAUUUCUCUGAGACUGCGUUUUCUCAGGAAGACGGCCACCUGCGGCUUAUUGUGGACACGUGGACUGUGUCAGGGAAGCGCGGGUUGUCGCUUUUCUACAAGCCUUCCUGUCUGAAGUGAAAAUUUAUCUAAGUUCUCAUAGUUGACUCAACUGUUGAUAAAUUCCGUAAGAGGUGGAGCUGAGCCCAGAGUUACUCUACAAUUUAUUUUAUCAAAACGGGUGGAAGCAAAGCAGUCUCAAGGAAAUUCAAGAUCACAAAGCUUACUGACUGAAGUGCGUUUUAUUGUUCAUACCAAGAAUUAAGUGCUUGAAGAAAGACCUUGUUAUUCUGCUAAAUCAUGAUGGAGGCAGAAGAACAACCACCAUGGAAGACAGCCUUUUACUCAGAAUUACCUAAAGUGGAACUUCAUGCCCACUUGAAUGGAUCUAUUAGUUCUAACACUAUAAAGAAAUUAAUAGCCAAGAAGCCAGGUCUUAAAAUCCACCAUCAGAUGACUAUGAUUGACAAGGGAAAGAAAAGAACUUUAGAAGAGUGUUUCCAGAUGUUUGAAAUUAUUCAUCAGCUUACUACUAGCCCAGAAGAUAUUCUAAUGGUCACAAAAGAUGUCAUUAAAGAAUUUGCAGAUGAUGGUGUCCAGUACCUGGAACUAAGGAGCACCCCCAGAGGAGAAAAUGCUACAGGAAUGACUAAAAAGACUUAUGUGGAAUCUAUACUUGAAGGUAUAAAACAGUCCAAAGAAGAAAACAUAGACAUUGAUGUUAGGUAUUUGAUAUCAAUCGACAGAAGAGGUGGCCCUUCAGUAGCCAAGGAGACUGUUAAACUUGCUGAAGAGUUCUUCCUUUCUUCUGAGGAUACAGUUCUUGGCCUCGACCUCAGUGGUGACCCUAACGCAGGACAAACAAAAGACUUCUUGGAACCUCUUUUAGAAGCUAAAAAAUCAGGUUUGAAGUUGGCAUUGCAUCUUUCAGAGAUUCCAAACCAAAAAAAAGAAACCCAAGUACUCUUGGAUCUGCUUCCGGAUCGGAUCGGGCAUGGGACGUUUCUCAGCUCCUCUGAGGGAGGGUCCCUGGAUCUGGUGGACUUCGUGAGGCAGCACCAGAUACCACUCGAACUCUGUUUGACCUCAAACGUCAAAAGUCAGACAGUUCCGAGCUAUGGCCGGCAUCAUUUUGGAUUCUGGUACAGCGUUGCCCAUCCUGCCGUGAUCUGUACUGAUGAUAAGGGUGUUUUUGCAACACACCUUUCUCAGGAGUACCAGCUGGCAGCUGAAACAUUUAAUUUGACCCAGUCUCAAGUGUGGGAUCUGUCUUCUGAAUCCAUCAGCUACAUCUUUGCUUCUGACAGCACCAAGUCUGAACUGAGGAAGAAGUGGAAUCAUCUGAAGCCCAGAGUGUUACAUUUUUAAGCUGUAAUAAGGAGUCGCGGAUAAUGGUUCAUGAACUAGUUUGAGAUGAACCGGGUUCUCCCUGGCAAGAGUUUUGCCUUUGCCCUAUUCCGUCCACACAUUCUCUUCGUCUGGACAUUGGCGGACUGGUCCUGGGUCUUUUAAAGUAAGACUCCUUCUCCAUACCCAGUUAUGACAGGUGAUAAAGGUUUGUCCUAAUGGAUGUGGAUACAGAUACUAUGGGAGGAAUUUCAUUCUAAUUUCUCUUUUACCACAUUCUAAUUUGCUUCUCAGCCUAGGACAUAAAGAUUCAGACAGACAUGCUUGGAGCAACCCCACAGAGAGCCAAAAAAGGCAGGUAAAGAUUUAUCUUUUCCUACCAGCAACACCUUAAUCAUAAUUUUGCAUAUAUAUACAUUUUAAAAACCUGAGGAAACACUGGGCACUUUAUAAAUACAAUUUUUAUUAACAUGGUAUCCCUGAGAGGCAGAUGAAGGUGUAAACAUUAUUCUGCUUUAUAGAAAGGGAAAUGGAGGCAGGGUGACUUACACACAAGACAUCUGGAACCAGAAUUCACAUCUGCUGAUACCACAACCAGUGCUUUUUCAACAAGACUGUACAUAGAUACACUGAAGACAGGAAUCUCUUAUUUUUAAAAAACAUAGCACAUUUCCUAAACUGCCUCAGAUCCUGAGGUGUUGCUUCAUACUGGUGUUUCCUGCAUCUUCCUGUCUGCUUAGGCAACAUAACUGAGAAUUCCUAAGAAUUAGGAAUUAGGAGAUUCCAUCAACACCAGAGUGCUACGUAGUCUCUCAUCUAUCACAGUAAGCUGUGAAUUUGAGAAUCUAUCUCCCCACCUCUCAGUCCAGGCACAGGACUCUAACUACGUGUGAAUAUGAAACAGCUACUUAGCCCAGCCCUUAGCCAUCUGCUCACAGUCCUCUUUCCUCUGACCUGCCCAUCAAAGUAUCUUUGCAAGAUACCAGUUUCUGACUUUGGUCUCCCAUAGCAGUCCCCUAAAGCUGCUCAUUCUUCUUCCUGGGUGCCACCCAGUUGUCUCCUGGCAUAGCACGGGCCCCAGUUUACUCUGGAGGAUGGGAGCACCUCCUCGUGUGUCUCUGGCACUCGGUGCUUCAGCUGACCAGAUCUCUCUGCCUCCUACAAAGCCUGUAUUGUACCACCCCUUACAUUUUGCACUGCUCCAACUUUUGUCUCACCUUCCUUACAAUCUGUCCUUUGCCUUCUGCUCCAUUGCGCCCCAGUUUUCCCAUUUCUUACCCACUCAGCACUCAGUUUUGCAGUUAGUUUUGGGAAGUUCUUCCUGCUCUCAUUUACCCAGUAACCUUCCCUCUGAACACUUCUACUUCAUGAAGUCUUCCUGAUGAAAGAAAAUACCUCUCAAAUUUUCACAAACUCUAAUGCAUUAGACCUUCACAUUUAUGCAUAGUGUUACUACCUAGCUUUCUAGAUUUCCCUAAAACUGUGGCAGCUAUAUAUGUGCACUUAGUGUUUGUCCAUGUCAGUGUCAUGGACACUAUCUUAGACUGUACGGAUAAGGAUGGAGUGUGUUUAACUUGUGCUGUACAGGCUCAUCAUAGUACUAUGAACAUACGGGCAGUUAUUUCAAUAUGAUUUGAUUAUAAAGGUCAGAAUUACAUUUGUGUUUGAAGAGCUGCUUUUAAAAAUAGAUGUACACAGUUGAAUAUGUGCGCACAUGUGUGCAAGUAUUGUCAACUCCACUGACCAAAGACAAUCUGUCCUUGUUACCAUUAGGGUAAAGAGUUGUUGGCACAAAGCGGUCUGUUUUCCCAAUCCAUGGGAAUGUGGCAGGUGGAUUCUGCUUAUUGCAGGUUAGUAUUGAGUGUCCACAGGGUGUGUAACACUAGGCCAGGUGUUUAGGGUGUGUGGAAUAUGGACAGUUCCCUCUUGGCAGCUUUAGCUGCUUUUCCUGUCACCACAUUCAUCUGGCUUGCUCUUUGGGCUUCUGGACCACAAGAGACAGAUGAAAUUCAGAUGAGAUGGAGCAGGAAAAAAAUUUAAAAAUCAAACUAGGUGCUAUAAGUGCAGUAUUAUUCUAUUCCAAAGCUUCUAGGGCUUGGAAGAAACUUAAGAAAUCCAGGGUUCACACCUCAAUACUUAGACAAGGUUUACAUUGUUUCCCCAUAUAGCACACCUAGGUUCUUGACAAGAUGAUUCACAGGUCAGAACCAAGCUGGACAUUAAACUCUCCUCCUUUAAGGUAAAUGAAGAGUGUGCGUGACAGAUCUGUCAUUCUGAGUACAGGCUUAAGUGAGCAGGAAAAGUCAUUCUUUUUUGCAUUUCCAUUACUGCACAAAGAGCUAGACCCAUUCAAUGAGAAGUCUCACAACUUCUCCCUGAAGUGCUGCUGUGAUGGAUUUUUCCAGUUGAGAUGCAGCUGAAUAACAGGAUGAAUAAAGAAGGCUGACAUCAAACUCAUAGGGCCUACUACUGUGUCCUCUCUAUUAGGGGAACAACACAGGCACUGAGAGGGAAAGGUGUUACCUGUCAAUUCAAACAAGGAGAGGGACUGAAAUCUUUCAUUCUUACGAUGCUUUGGGAAUUUGACUCCAGAUCCAGGAGAAAUAGGAACAAACAGUGGGGUAAAUUUCAGGGUAUUUCCUAAACUAGUAGGGCACAGAUGAGGAGAUGGAUCUCACUGUUGGAAGACUUUUCCAAAUGAUUUUAGUGCAUGUAUUGAGGCUGUUUUCUUCAUAGACCCUCAGGGGCUUAUUUAAGUGCUGACUGUGACAGAUAUUUUUCUCGUGUGUGGAUUUCUCGGUGCUUAUUAAGAGCAGAGCUUUUACUGAAGCACUUGCCACAGUCAUGACAGCCAUAGGGUUUCUCUCCUGUGUGGGUUCUGUGAUGUGCACGUAAGUCAGAACUCUUACUGAAGCUCUUUCCACAGUCAGGACACACGUGGGGUCUCUCUCCUGUGUGUAUCCUCCGGUGUGCACUGAAAUGAGAACUGUUAUUGAAGCUUUUCCCACACUCUUCACACUGAUAGGGCUUUUCUCCUGUGUGGGUUCUCUGGUGAAUGAUAAGGCUUGAGCUCUGAUUGAAGCGCUUUCCGCACUCACCACAUUGAUAUGGCUUCUCUCCCGUAUGGAUUCUCCUAUGGGUGAUGAAAUUGGAACUGUCACGGAAACUUUUCCCACAGUCAAGACACUUAUAAGGUUUCUCUCCAGUGUGGAUUCUCUGGUGUCUAAUGAGGCGUGCACUACGACUGAAGCUUUUCCCACAAUCAGCACAUUUAUACGGAUUUUCCACUUGUUGGGAUAGCGGAUGCAUGAGGUGGGUGUUUGGACCAAAGCUUUUGCCAUAUCUGAGAUAUUUAUAGGGUCUCUCUCCCAAGUACGGUCUCUGAUGACUUAAAACUUUACCUAAACUCUUCUCUGGGAACGUCGCUUUUCCUUUUCUUUCCCCUGGGGUCUUUUCCCACUGUCUUCCUGAUC